UGUUGGGUUUCUUGCUUGGACUGAAGGCAGGUGCCAUUCCUCCAUAGCCUUGCUUUUAAGUUUCAGAAUUCUGACUCCACUUUAUACUUAGGUUGGUUCUUAUGAUGUCUGGUAGAAUGUUUCUGCAUCAGCAAGAAUUGUUUUAUUGGUUGCAGAAAACAGAACUUUCUUAUUAGUAGAAAGAUGGGAAUGUUUUAGUGUAGAUCAGAAUGGUCCCAUUUAUGCUUUCUUUACAUCUUGUCUUUCAUUCAAUUCCCAGAUUCCCAUUGCUAUGAAGAUCAAGAAAAGAUCAAAUUUUUACCCCAUAGUGCUGAUCAAUCUGUUCAUAUGAGGGUGUUACCUUUCUUCUACCUCGUCGUUCUCAUUUCUCUUCCCGGGCCUGCCAUUGGCUAUGGCGCUGCCUCCACCAUUGCAGUCAGCUAUGCUGCAAACUCAGCAGUUGUGUGUGGCAUUUCUGCGGGCGAGGUUAGACAGGGCAUUCGAUGCUACAAGAAUGGGCAAAUUUUUCGCGUUGAGCCUUAUAUCUCCUAUGAGUCUAUAUCAGGGGGUCUUGGGUUCUUCUGUGGCCUAAAUUCAGGUGGUUCGGUCCUUCUGUGUUGGGAAACGAACGAAUUUCUAGCCAAGAGGCUUUACUAUAGCAGGGAAAAACGUUUAAGGGGACUAACUGUGGGGAAUUCCCAUGUCUGUGCGAUUGAGGAGCCUACCGGUUUAGCAUCAUGCUGGAGGUUCAAGAAGUCUGAGGUUGAGCAGAAGUUCGAGACAAUCACUUCGGGGGGAGGGUUUUCGUGUGGGAUUCUGAAGAGCAACAGCAGUGUGUUGUGCUGGGGGACGAGCGAAAUUGCAGCUGAGCUCCAAAGGCAAUUUGGCAAUGCCAAAAUGGAAAGGUUAGCAGCUGGUGAGUUUCAUGCCUGUGGAAUGACUAAAAAUGGAAGUUUGGUGUGUAAAGGGAGAAAUGGCGGUGGUGGGGAGCUGGACGUUCCUUCUCAUUAUCCUUUCGCGUUUUCAGAUCUCGCGUUGGGUGCCAAUCAUAGCUGUGGGAUUCUCAGGAACAAUGGGUUGGUUUUGUGCUGGGGAGGGGGCUCAGAAAGGCUUCAGUUUCUGGACAGUGCAGUGAAGAAUGUUUCUUUUGAGUCCAUAGUUUCUGGCCUGGAUUUUGCUUGUGGAUUGACAACCAAAAACCUUUCUGUCAUUUGUUGGGGGCCUGGUUGGCCUAAAGGGAAUGUUGUUCCCUUACCAACAAUCAUCCCUGGACCGUGCAUCCAAACGACGUGUUCUUGUGGCCUAUACCCUAAUUCUGAUUCCAUCUGUGCUGGUUCUGGAAAUAUCUGCAAAUCCUGUGAUGUUGAGCUUCCAUUUCCAUCACUUUUGCCACAUUCAGGCCCGAAACCACAAGGUCUGCAUCCAGUUUCUUCAUCUUCAAAAGCUCAGAUUAGGCGUUUUUGGGGGUUUGUAAUAUUCGGAUCAUUAGGAGCCUUUGCAGGGCUAUGUGCUUUAGCCUAUUGCACAUGGAGGGGGGUUUCGAGCACAAUGGAGAGCUCUAGGCAGCCCGGGAUAGUUGAGAAUGCGAGCUGUUUGAGGUCAUCGUCUUCAAUUCAGGUGAACGAAUCGUCGAGCUUAAAGCAUGCUGAGAUAGCAGAGAAGAUGAGAUUUUCAGUGUCAGAGCUAGCUGCAGCCACUAGCAAUUUCGCCAUGGAAAACAAGAUUGGCAGUGGGAGCUUUGGAAGUGUUUAUAGAGGGAGGCUUGGGAAUGGCUGUGAAGUGGCCAUCAAAAGGGGAGAGAGUGUUUCCAGGAAGAAGAAGAAGAAGUUCCAGGAGAAAGAAAGCGCGUUUCGCUCAGAAAUCAUGCUGUUAUCGCGCCUUCACCACAGGCAUUUGGUGGAGCUGGUGGGGUUUUGUGAAGAGGAUGAGGAGAGGCUUCUGGUUUACGAGUUCAUGAGCAAUGGCUCCCUGUAUGAUCAUCUGCACGCCAAGGAAAAUCCCGGGAAGGGUAGCGAGAGGUUGAAUUCUUGGAAAACCAGAAUCAAAGUCGCGCUGGAUGCUGCUAGGGGAAUCGAGUAUCUGCACAACUAUGCUGUCCCGCCUAUAAUCCACCGAGACAUCAAGUCCUCAAACAUACUUCUCGACGAGAAUAUGACAGCAAAAGUAUCAGAUUUCGGUCUGUCACUCAUUAGUGCAGACUCUGAGGACUCCAUGUCUGGAAAGGCAGUUGGAACCGUUGGAUACAUAGAUCCCGAGUACUACGUCCUCAACAUCUUAACAGCAAAGAGCGACGUUUAUGGCUUUGGAGUCGUGUUACUAGAGCUCCUGUCAGGGAAGAAAGCAGUGUUCAGACAUGAAGAAUUAGGCCCUACAGGCAUUGUUGAGCACAUAAGGCCUAUGAUAUCAGCCGGGGAAAUCGCGAGCAUAUUGGACGAAAGGGUAGGAUUGCCAAAAGAGAACGAGGUCGAGUCAGUCGAGCUGUUGGCUUACACUGCCAUGCACUGUGUGAGCUUAGAGGGUAGAGAUAGACCAUCCAUAAGUGACAUUGUGGCUAACUUGGAGAAAGCAUAUCUAGUAAUGCAUUAAAGAAACCUAAUCCGGCUUCAAUCAGGUCAUCCCCGCAGAGUUUGCCUCUUACUCGGGGACAGGCCUUACAGUUACAUUAGUAGGCCGCUUUCCAACUGCCCCCGUGGGUCGGAUUCAUUCUUCUUUCAUAUUCUCGGCAUAAUUUUUUUCUUUUAACCCUGAAGGGUUAUUCCCAGUGAUUUAACAACAGUAAUCUGUAUUCUAAUAAUGUGAUAUAAGAAUUGCAGAAAUGUAGCAAUGAUGCUGCUCAUGAUAAGCCAAUUGUCAAAACCUUGUAGCAGAAAAAACAUAUCAGACAAGAUU